AUGCAAGAAAAACCGAAACUUUCAAUUUCAAUUCACAAACCUUCAAAAAUAUCUUAUAAAUCACUAAAAGAGUCAACUUCAAACAAACUUUCAAAUAUUCGUAAAAGAUUAUCAACUAUAUCUAGUCUUGAUUCCGGUAUUGGUUGGUUAGAUGAAUCUGAUGAUGAAGAAUUUCAUAACCCUACUCAUAAUAAUAAUUCACAAAAUACCGUUGAAAAUUCAACUAAUGGAAAUCCAACUAAUGAAAAUUUAAAUAAUGACACGACUAAUUACGAAAAUUUUGAAGUUGAAACUACAUCAAAACAAAUUUGUGAUAGAGAAAAUGGUUCUUCCGCGUUCGUUCCUCUAAAACCAACGGAUUGUGUCACUUCAAAGUUUAUCGAAAUAAUAGAAACAACGUCUGUUGACGAUAAACUUACUGAAAAUACCGUAUCAAGUUUAAAAUAUUCAACGUCAAAGUCUUCAAGAUCAAAGUAUUCUUUUAUCCCUUAUCGCCUUAUGCAAACACAUAAUCGAGCUAAAAAUACUUUAAUUACAAAAUUUAACACAUUAAAUACCCAUGUACCAAGUAAUGAACCUUCCACGAACAACACACAAGCUCAAAUAACAAGUAAUUCUUAUGGUAAUCUCAAAAGUUACUCUUCUGGAAAUAGCCAAAUUCCUUCGACGAAUCUAUUGCUUGAUAUCCCUCCUCAAAAUGAUAAAAGUAAUAAUUCACAUUAUCCUGAAAUAGAAAGAGGAUCAAGAAACUUGGCUAAACCAAAAAGACGUAAAAAUUUAUUUGAAAAAGUUAAAUUAGAUGUUAAAAAAUUCUUAACUAUCAAGAACAAUCGAAAAGAGAAAUAUGAAGCCAAGAAUCAACCCGGAAAAAUCAAUCUUUUCGAACAAUAG